AUGAAUACCGAGCAAUUAAGGAGGAAAAGAGGAUCAAUCAAGGCUCAAUUGACAUCGGCAAGGAAUUUCGCAAUUCGAGCGAACGAUGACCUGGAAAGUACAACAAAGGAGGAAAUUGAAUCUCGUAUACAAAGGUUGGAUGAUAUCUACGACAAGUUUCAGACAAUUUCACAACAAUUAUCAUCCGAAGACGAUGACGAAGAUGAAGAUAGAACCGAAGAUACCGAAUUCGAAGACAAAUAUUUCGCAGUGAGAGCAUCGCUAUUACGAUGCCUUGAGAAAUUGAAAUCAUCACAAGCAUCGACAAGCGGCGAAAAUAGAGCGGAUAACAACGCAUUAACGCAGAUCUUGGAACAGCAGUUCAGGAUAGUUCAACAACUUUCAGAACGUUCAAACGAUAAUAACAACGAUAUAAUGGUGCGGAUAUUAGAACAGCAAGGUCAAAUGCUAACACGAAUAAAUACACCAUCAAAUUCAUCACGUGAAUUUAACGUCAAGUUGCCGAUCAUCAAUUUGCCUGUAUUCAGCGGGCAGAUGGAAGAGUGGAAAAGGUAUGCUGAUACAUUUAAAACUUUAAUUCACAAUAGCGAUUUGUCAAAUGUACAAAAGCAUCAAUAUCUGGUAAGCUCAUUGAGCGGCGCGGCUGCGCGAGUAGUUGAAUCUAUUGAAAUUUCUGAGCAAAAUUAUGAGAUUGCAUGGGACUUGUUGAGGGAACGCUAUGAAGACGAAAAAGCGAUUCGCAAGCGACAUGUGCAAUGCCUAUUCGAGUUGCCGCGCGUGCAUCGAGAAUCAUCUAACGCAAUUCGAGAUCUUAUAGAUCACGUUCAAAAACAUUUGAGAGUUUUACAAUCUAUGAAACUUCCCACGGAAUCAUGGGGAGAGCUAAUCAUAUCUUUAAUCGAGAAAAAUUUAGAUAGCGCUACAAGAAAGCGCUGGGAGGAACACGCCGAGAUGCAUGAAGAACUGAUGACAAAAACCAUGAUUGAUUUCUUGCAGCGUCGAUGCCAGGUGUUGGAACGAGCAGCCUUGAGCGAAGGGAUAAAGGACGUUACCAGCGGGAUAAAGACGAGCGAGAAGAACGACAACAAUAAAAUCAAAUCAGCGUCAAAUUCAAGAUUGCAAACCAAAACAACAUUGUCAACAACCAUACAAGGAGGGCGAUGUUACGUCUGUCAAGGCCCGCAUCUUAUUUACACUUGUAAUCAAUUUUUGAAUUUGUCUGUUAAGGAUAGGAUCCAAACCGUCAAAAAAUUAAAAUUAUGCAUUAACUGUCUUCGCAACGAUCAUUUUGUCGCAAGAUGUACUUCAAGUUCAUGUCGAGAAUGUGGUGAGCGCCACAAUACGUUGUGCCAUUUGAGCAGGGGCGUAUCAACUCCAACCACAAGGGAGAAUCCUGAGACUACCACUCCGGAGAUGGGAGCGAGCGUGAAUCUGGUGACGGGCUCCGAACGGAGCACGUCGGAGAAGGCCGAAGACGGAGCGAGCGGUCCACUUGUUCAUCACGUGCGAAGAGAAACUUCAAAGUGUAAGCGUAUUCUUAUGUCAACCGCAAUUGUAGAGGCGAAGGCGUAUAACUAUUGUAACCGACAAUUGAGAGUUCUCUUAGACAGCGCGAGCGAGACGAAUUUUAUAACAUUAGCGGCAUGCAGGGAACUCGGAUUGAGGAUGGAUAAUGUUUGCGAGUCAAUUAGCGGUUUAAACAACAUGAAUUGCGAUAUCAAGCAUGGUUGUCAAUUAAAAUUAAAAUCGCGAAUUUCAAAUUAUGAAGUGAGUUUGUAUUGUUUGGUUGCUCCGAGUUUGACGAAAGAAUUGCCAUCGUUCUCAAUUCGAGCUUUGCAGAUAUUAAUUCCAAAAAACCUCGAAUUGGCGGACCCAUUGUUUUAUAAUCCGAGCAAAAUAGAUGUAUUGAUAGGCGGAGAAAUUUUCUUUAACUUACUUGAAGUUGGGAAAAUCGAAUUGAGUCAGGAUUUGCCUACCUUGCAAAAUAGCAAAUUCGGAUGGUUAAUAGCGGGCCCGAUACCCGAGCGUUUGGUCAUGAAGCAGCCGGCUGAUCGAUCGUCGUUGAACGCUCACAUGUGUUUAUUAACGCAGAAGGACGAGGAGAACAAUAUGUUAUCACGAUUUUGGGAAUUAGAAGAAUAUCCAGUUGAGGGACGCGUUACCAUGUCAGCCGAGGAAUUAGAAUGCGAAAGUUAUUUUGUAAAUACUAUGACUCGAGACUCGUUCGGGCGAUUUAUCGUUAGGUUACCGUUUCGAAAGAACAAAAACAAACUUGAAUAUAUCGAUUUAAAUCAUAUGUCAAGGGCAACGGAAAAUUUAAAUAUUACAUCAUCUAUUUAUUUGCCGCAUCACGGUGUAUUGCGCGAAUCGAGUGUCACAACUAAGUUGCGCGUUGUAUUCGAUGGCUCGGCAAAGACGUCUUCGGGUGUGUCGUUGAAUGACUCGUUAAUGGUCGGAGCGGCUUUGCAGGAUAAUAUAAUAGACAUAAUUUUACGAUUUCGACUACAUGCAGUUGCGAUUACUGCUGAUUUAAAAAAAAUGUAUAGACAAGUGCUAAUUAAUAAGCUAGAUCGCGAUUACCAAAGAAUUUUGUGGCGUUUUUCGACAAAUGAACCGAUACAAGAAUUCCGAUUGAAUACAGUCACAUACGGACUGGCGUGCGCUCCAUUUGUAGCCAUACGUUGCGUCCGACAACUAGCGAGUGAAGCAGUGAAUGAGUUUCGCGAAGCAUCACAAGUUUUGUUAAAUGAUUUAUACGUUGACGAUAUUUUAACCGGAGUUAGUUGUGAGAGCGAUGCGGUCGAGUUCAAUCAAUUAACGACUCUAUUAGGUAGCGGAGGAUUCGAGCCUCAUAAAUGGCAAUCUAAUUGCGGAGCGAUUCUGGGCGAUCGAAACAGAGUCGAGCAAUCGUCGUCGGUGGCGAUUGAUACAAACAACGUAAAAACAUUGGGUUUGAUAUGGCAUCCGAACAAAGACAUGUUCCAGUUUUCAAUCAAGGCGAUAGCGAACCCAAGUAAAAGCAAACGAGAGGUUUUGUCGACAGUUUCGAGGUUGUUCGAUCCAUUGGGAUUGAUUAGUCCAAUUUUAAUUCGAGCCAAGAUAAUCAUGCAACAAACAUGGGCGGCAAAUUUAAGUUGGGAUGACCCGCUAACUAAAGUAAUCUUCAACAAUUAUGGGAUGCGUAUUGAUGCCUCAUUGAAGGCAUACGGAGCAUGCGUUUAUUUGCAGACCAUUGACGAGAACGGUAACGCUAAAUCGGCGUUGCUUUGCUCCAAAUCACGAGUCUCGCCGAUAAGAAAUAAAACAAUAACACUUCCCAGACUUGAAUUGUGCGGGGCCGUUGCAUUGGUUAGACUGGUGAAAAAUGUGCGACGAGCUUUAAAGGUUAACUUUGAUAAAAUAUAUGCAUGGACGGAUUCCACAAUUGUAUUGGCGUGGAUAUCAGGCGAUCCGUCUCGUCAGAAAACAUUUGUGUCAAAUCGAAGUGCAGAAAUACAGUCUAGUCUUCCGUCUGAUUGUUGGAGACAUGUUCGAAGUAGUGAUAAUCCCGCCGAUCUAAUCUCGCGAGGCACAAAUCUAAAGGACCUGCAACAAUGUAAACUUUGGUGGGAAGGUCCGAAUUGGUUAUCAAAAUUUGACAAUUAUGUCGAAAAUGAAUUAGAAUCAAUCACUUUAUCUCAAGAUGAGACCGAAAUUGUGGAAUCCGAGCAAAAAUCAGAACUGCAAGUAUUAGUAAGUCUCAAUGGCGCGGAUCGAGCGAUUUCGCGUUUGUUGAGUAAUUAUUCCUCGUUAUCAAAGAUUGAGCGUAUUUUAGCAAGAAUCAUGCGGUUUAUUUAUAAUUGUAAAGCGAGUCGAGUAAACCGCAAUUAUGAUUCGAUCUCAAUUAAAGAAAUACACACCGCCAAUCAAUUAUUAGUUCGCGAGACUCAAAUUGUUUGCUUCGCAAAAGAAUUGGCGGAUUUAAAGGCAAAUAAACCGAUUAGUUCAAGCAGCAAAUUAUUAUCUCUCGGCCCAUUCAUUGAUGAAACCGGACUCAUCAGGGUGGGCGGAAGAUUGCAACAUUCGAUCGCAUCGUUCAGGAAGAAACAUCCGAUUUUGUUACCGUGCGACAGUAGAUUUACGCAUUUAUUAUUCGAGCGUGAACAUCUCAGGUUAUUACACGCAGGGCCACAAGCACUAUUGUACUCGAUUCGCGAAAGAUAUUGGCCAAUUAAUGGAAGAGCUUUAGCCAGAAAAAUUGUAUACAAGUGCGUUAACUGCUUCCGUAACGGUCCAAGGUCGCUAUCACAGAUAAUGGGGCAAUUACCAUCGGAUCGAGUUAUUCCAAAACGCCCAUUUUUUGUGACUGGCAUAGAUUUCGCGGGGCCAAUCACGACUUUGGUGAAUCGAGGCCGCGGUAGGAAGACUAGCAAGUCGUAUGUUUCGUUAUUUGUCUGUUUCACAACUAAAGCAAUCCAUAUUGAAGCGGUCAGCGAUCUCACUGCGAGCGCGUUUAUAGCGGCACUUAGACGUUUCGUAGGACGUCGAGGAUGUCCGCAGCGCAUCUACAGCGAUAACGCGACUAAUUUUGUCGGCGCAAAAAAUGAAAUCAAAGAAAUUCAAGAGUUUAUUAAUUCAAACGUUAGGAACAUUAGCGACGAAUUUUGUAUACCUCAUAACAUCGAGUGGAAGUUUAUUCCACCUGCAUCCCCUCAUAUGGGGGGGCUGUGGGAAGCCGGAAUUAAGUCAUGUAAAUUCUAUUUAAAACGAAUUAUAGGUGGCGGUUUAUUGACCUUUGAAGAAUUGAGUACUGUGUUAAUACAAAUCGAAGCUUGUUUGAACUCUCGACCGAUUCGUCAACUACCAUCCACACCAAUGGACUUACAACCAUUGACGCCGGGACAUUUCAUUAUCGGGGAACCGUUGACAACAGUACCAGAGGUGGAUCUGAGCGACACAGCAAUAAAUAGACUCAGCAGAUGGCAAUUAAUUCAAAAAAUCGCACAAGACUUUUGGAAAAGAUGGAGCGCCGAGUAUUUAACAUCACUUCAAGGAAAAACAAAAUGGAAAAGAAAAACGCCAAAUUUGUCAGUUGGUGACAUUGUUUUAAUUCAGGACAAUAAUUUACCACCAUUAAAGUGGAAAUUAGGCAAGGUAGUUGAAGCGCACGCCGGCGCAGACGGCAACGUGCGCGUCGUGACUUUAAAGACCGCGAGUGGAGUCUGUAAGCGAGCAAUUAAUAAACUUUGUAAACUUCCAAUAUCCGAUGAACUUAAUGUAAUCAAUGAUGAAUAA